GGGUCGGACAAGGGGGGAAUCUUCUGAGGGGAAUUCGGCCCCUAAUACCCUAUUUUUGAAAAAACAUCCUCUUCCGCACUCCUUCAACUGUGGAGAGGAUCGAAGUCGCAACGUUCGGCAUUCACCCUGCGACAGUAACCAAGCCACAGAGAUCCCUUUUUUGGAGGGAUGACUCGAGACGAAGAUGAGGAUGAUGAGGAGGAAGAAGAAGGAGGAGGAGCCACAUGGGGCUAUGGAAGCCCCAGGUUUGGGGAUCCCCAGCCCCCAGAGGAAUUUGGCUUCAGCUUCAGCCCAGAAGGAGGGAUGCGUUUCCACCGUAACUUCGGCUUUGAUGACCUAAUACGGGAUUUCAAUAGCAUCUUCAGUGAGAUGGAGGCCUGGACCUUGCCUUCUCGCCCACCUGAACUUCCAGGUCCUGAGUCAGAGACAGCUGGGGAGAGACGGCGGAGGGAAGAGACACUUCGGGAUUCAAUGCUUAAGUAUCCAGAUAGUCACCAGCCCAGGAUCUUUGGGGGGGUCUUGGAGAGUGAUGCAGGGACUGAAUCCCAAAAACCAGGACCAGACUGGGGCUCCCAAAGACCUUUUCAUAGGUUUGAUGAUAUGUGGCCUGUGACCCCCCAUCCUAGAGCCCGAGAGGACAAUGAUCUGGAUUCCCAGGUUUCCCAGGAGGGCCUUGGCCCAGUUCUACAGCCCCAGCCUCGAUCCUAUUUCAAGAGUGUCUCUGUGACCAAGAUCACUAAGCCAGAUGGGACAGUGGAGGAGCACCGGACUGUGGUGGACAGUGAGGGCCGGACAGAGACCACAGUGACCCGUCAGGAAGCCGACGGCAGUCCUAGAGAUGAUCAAGAAUCACCAAGACCUUCAGCCCUGGAUGACACUUCUUCCAUCCUGGAUUUAUUCCUAGGACGUUGGUUCCGGUUCCGGUAGACUUGUUAACCCUCAGAGGCCUUCAGGUCCUUUCCACCUCCCACAUAUUACCCACCACCAGUGGGCUUAGCUUCUCCUGCUGCACCAGGGGCUUGGGUGUACAGAGCAGAGAAUUGGUGGUAUGUCAGUAUGUCGCUCACCUAAACUGACUAAUAAAACCUUUAUUUAUGCUAA